AUGUCCCAAGCAAACAACAACGUCGUCCUUCUUCUUCAAUCUUGGGACCAUCCCGACAGUGUCUACCUUCGCGCUCAACAGCGUGCCGAGAUACUCUCUCUUGGCAGCGAUGAUCCAGGCACUCCUCCCACUGCCGACAACGUCCCCAUCUUUCUUGUCGCCUAUCUUUCUGGUAUUCCAGUCGGCUGUGGUGGCCUUCGACCAUUGCACCACCCAUCCGUUCCGGCGUACAGCAAUAUCGCCGAAAUCAAGAGGAUGUUUGUCCAUCCAGCACAUCGACGAGACAGAGGCAAUGGCUCAUCCAUCGCCCAACGCAUACUUGGCCAACUCGAAGCAGAAGCGAGAGGAAGAGGAUGA